CAUUCUUUGUGUUCUUGUCCAUUGUUCUCCGUUUCUCCAUCUUCUUGGUCGAGGAAGUAGUGGAGGUAGAGAAGAAAUAUGGCGUCGACACUCACCACACUCAGCAUCCGGUCCCCAACUUCAACCCCAUCCUCUUCUUAUCCUUCCUAUUCUCCCACUUCUUUCCCGAAGCAAACCCUAGAUUUCCCAUUUCGAAGCCACAAAUUGUCCCGCAAAGCCACCUUUCUUCCCCCUAUUUGCGCCGUGGCCGUACCUGAGAAAGUUGAGAAACUCGGAAACGAGCUCAAAAACCUAACCCUAGAAGAGGCUCGCGGCCUCGUCGAUUGGUUACAAGAAGAGCUCGGUGUCUCCGCUGCUGCCUUCGCACCGGCGGCUGUUGCCGUAGCUCCUGGUGCCGCUGCCGAUGCGGCACCGGCCGUCGUCGAGGAGAAGACGGAGUUCGAUGUGGUUAUUGAGGAAGUGCCGAGUAACGCGAGGAUUGCAGCGAUUAAGGCCGUGAGAGCACUAACGAACCUGGCGUUGAAGGAAGCGAAGGAGUUGAUAGAAGGAUUACCGAAGAAAUUUAAGGAGGCAGUGGGAAAGGAAGAGGCAGAGGAAGCCAAGAAGCAGCUCGAAGCAGCUGGGGCAAAGGUAUCCAUUGUUUAGACUUAAGAUUGAUGAUAGAUCAGAAGGUGAGCUGAAUUCAACCAAUGCUUUUGUCCUGUUUAUUUCUGUGAUAAGUUUUAGUGGUUAUUAAACGGUAAAA